GAUUGGAUCAACAAUGAAUGUAAAGAAAGUGAUUAGUUUCGGGAAAAUUAAAACUGACCUGACUAAGCAUGCAUCAGCAAGUUCAAGCAGUACGGUUGAGGGCUUUGGAACAUUCAGCAAGCAAAUUUCGCCGAACAACUACACGGAUAUAAAUGAGAUUAAUCCUGAAGAUGAAGAAGAAACGCGUAGCCUACAAGAGGUUAUGGGGAUGACAAGUUUUGGGAAGAAAGCAAAAUGUUUUGAUGUACAAGAAAUGCUGGACAAUAUCACCAAGACAGUUCGGACCAGUAAGUCUGUUCAUUCGGUACCCGCAUUAGUUGAACAAAAUCAUAAACUAGAAAAUGCCUCAGGUGCAAAGGAGGACAAGACAAAAACAAACGAUAAUGAACCUUCAAGUUUAGUCCCCCUCAACACAAAUCCUCUAAACCCAAGCAUAUGCAAGCAAACUAACAAUAGUGAUGACGAUGAUGACGAAGAUGAGGACGGCAAUGAUAGCGAUGACUCAGAAGAUCGGCAAGACACAAGCACAAAUAAGAUUCCCUGUAGUCAUGAAGUAGAAAUGCAUCAUGGAUCAAAAGCUGUCAUUGCUAUAGCGGCAGAUCCAUCCGGAGCUCGUCUGGCAUCUGGUUCGGUUGACUAUGACGUUUGCUUCUGGGAUUUCGCUGGCAUGGAUACAUCUUUGAAAAGUUUCCGAACUCUGCAGCCUUGCGAAAAUCACCCUAUAAAAUGCCUCCAAUAUUCUACGACCGGAGAUGUUAUUUUAGUUGUGUCUGGUGCAGCACAGGCCAAGGUAUUGGAUCGGGAUGGUUUUGAAAAAUGUGAAACGGUAAAAGGUGAUCAGUAUAUCACUGAUAUGGCAAGAACCAAAGGUCACACGGCUGCUUUGAACAGUGGAUGUUGGCAUCCUUACACAAAGGAAGAAUACAUGACGUGCUCCCAAGAUAGUACCUGUCGUAUAUGGAUUUUGUACAAACCUCGUGCUCACAAAAACCUUAUCAAAUGUCGGGCUCAAAAUGGUGUUAAAACUAUACCAACGACUUGCGCAUAUAGUAGAGAAGGAAGCGUAGUGGCCUGUGGCUGUGCAGAUGGGUCCAUACAAAUGUGGGAUCACAGAAAGAAUUUUGUCAACACAUCGUUGCUUCUUCGAGGUGCCCAUAAGCCAUGUUCUGAAAUAUCCAGUUUGAGCUUCUCUUACCUCGGUAACUUGCUUGCUUCAAGAGGUUGUGACGACACUCUGAAACUUUGGGACCUACGCUCUUUCAAGAGUCCUAUAUUUACCGCCAAUGAUUUAUUCUCUCGAUAUGACACAACUGAUUGUAUGUUUAGCCCUGACGACAGUAUGGUUAUAACAGGUGAAUCCCUGCGAAAAGGACAAUCAUCUGGGAGGGUAUUAUUUUUUAAUACCAAAACAUUUGAUCUAGUGAAUGAAAUUUGCGUCACAAACUCUCAUGUUAUCAAAACGCUCUGGCACCCGAAACUAAAUCAAAUAUUUGUUAGCUGUGGUAACGGUGUGGUCAAGACUUAUUACGACCCUAAGAAAAGCUUGAGAGGAGCCAAGUUGUGCGUGGUCAAGUCUCAUCAUAAGCAGAAGCACAUAGAGAUAAUGUCGACACAACAAAUUAUUACACCACAUGCCCUGCCUUUAUUCAGGCAAGAUAGGCCAAAGUCCGUUAGAAAACAAAUGGAAAAAGAUAGACUGGAUCCAGUAAAGUCUCAUCGCCCUGACUUGCCUAUUACGUCUGGACAAGGUGGUAGAGUCGCCUCAUCGGGGGGUACGCUCAGUUCAUAUGUAAUAAGAAACCUUGGGCUAAGUAAACGUAUAGAGGAUGAUCAAGAUCCACGAGAAGCCAUUCUCAAGUAUGCAAAGGAUGCUGCUGAAAAUCCAUACUGGAUAUCACCUGCUUACCAAAAAACCCAGCCUAAAACUAUAUUUCAAUCUGAAAAUGAGGACGACGGACCAUCUUCCAGUAAAAAACAAAAAACCUGAUUGGAGUACAUUCCUGUUAUUUGAAUUAAUGUAAAGUUUGUCUAAUAUAAUGAUAACAUUGAGGAGGUUAUUAUGUGUUGUGAAAUUGCUUGAUAAAUAGGCAUAGCUAAACAA